UUAAACCUAUUAAGUUCGUAUAAAUCAGAUUUUAAUAAAAUCGUUUUGGAUAAAGGAAAAAUGAUUUACUUUCCGUUUGUUUUUAUAGCAAAUGAUUCACUUCCAUUUCUACAUUUUCAUCACAUAGUAACUAUUGAUUUUCUUGACCUUUGAAUUGCAAUUGAGUGUCCAUCAAUAACGUUUUAUUUGCUCAUAGACAAAAUUCAAAUCCCAAAACUGAAAAUGAAAAGGCCUCUCACAGAGAGUGCGGAAGACAACCCUAACCCCUCCACAAAACUCAGCAAAAUCUCAAUGGAGAAGAGAAGAAAAAGACUCCCAGAAGUGAUACUGGUGGAGAUACUCGCCAGACUACCCAUGAAAGCCAUCGCCAGAUUCAAAUCAGUUUCCAAAAAAUGGAACUCCGAAACCGAAUCUCCUUAUUUCAUCCGUCGCUACUUCUCUCUUCACCCAAACUCAUCAACAUGGUCUCUCAUGUUCCUAACCAAGCUUUACCAUCCUAUCACAGAAGCCAUCGGCUUCCACGGAGGGGACACAUGGGAUCUCCCCAAGUCUCUAGCUUCCUACGUACUGCCUUUCCAACCGUACCCAAAUCUCCCUACUGUUAACAACUAUUAUUACGUAGCUUCGUCCAACGGAUUGAUCUGGAUCGAGGUCUACCUCACCCAUCACAACCGCAGAUCAUUCGUGGGUAAUCCAGUUUCGAAGCAGUGGGUUGAAAUCCCUCCUCCUCCGAAUAAAUGUGCCGCCACUGGUCUGGUGACACGUGUCGAAAACGGCCUGGUUACAAGCUUCAAAGUCGUUAGGACUUGUAGUAAUCAGACAAGGAAUGUGUGGAGAGUGUAUGUGUAUUCGUCUGAGACAGGGUUGUGGAGUUUUAAACGGCUUUUGUCGUUUUGUCCUGUCGAUGGUGCUAAUCCUCCAGUGAAUAUCGACGGGAAGCUUUACCUGUGGGAAAAAGAUUCUCAUGAAGAGGAUCUGAUGGAAAACUUUAUUCCUAAGGAGUUUGGAUUCCUUGUUGGUUUUGACUUCUAUCGUGAUGAUAAUAAAUGUCAGGUUGUACCUUUACCUAUCCCGGAUAACAAGUACGUUAGGAGAUGCUUGACUACUUCAAGAGGCGAUGUUAUGUACGUGGAGAUAUUGUAUCGUAGACUGAAGGUUUGGAGGCUGAGUAGCAACAACCCGGAGGGUAGUGAACUGUUGUGGGAGCUGUCGCGGGAAGAAAUCAACUUGGCGUCUAUUGGAUUUGAUGUCUUCUGUUUCCCGUUGGCUAUGAAUCCGUUUGAUGGUGAUAUCAUCUACCUAUGGAGUCGGGAACAUGAUUGCGUGGUAACGGGUAACUUGCAGACUCUAGAGUUUGUUCUUCAUCAAGAAUCAGAGAACUGGAGUAGUAGCAGUAAUGGAGGUUGCUAUCGCUUUAACAAGUUGGAUUGCAAGAGGUAUAUGGACGGUUUUCGCAAUGAAACUUCUACUUCUGUUGUCAUCUUAUCCCAGUUUGUGCUUCCGCCGUGGAUGGACUUGGUACCCCGUCCCCCACAUACUCGUUUAACUCUCUAUUAGCAUCAGAUAUGCUCUCCCAAGUUCAACUUGCAUGAUAACAUGUGUUGUGCAAUCUCUUUUUAAUUGCUUUUUGAUUACUUUGUUUUGUUUCACAUAUAUCUUUGCAGUUCUGUAAGAAUUUCAAGGGAAAUAUAUGUUCAGACCUUUACAUAAAAAUCUCAGAACGCAAGCUUUUUUUUUUAGUACGUUAAAAUUCUUGUUAAUGCUGUAAGAAUCUUGGCAAUGCUGUAAGAAUUGCGAAGGAAAUAUAUGAUGAAUUGAUGAUCAGACCUUUACAUAAAAAUGUCAGAACACAAGGCAACUCCUAAAUGCAAGAAAAUCUAAAGCAUAACCAACUCUACCUUACGAGAAAAGCAAUU